GGCUUAUGGGACAGCUGGGCGGGGCCGGGGAGGGCAGGGCCGCGCGGAAGUCCUGACCUGCAGGUGGCGCCGGCCGGAGGCUGGGGCGUUGCUGCCACCAGUGGGCGGGGCAGCGGGGCAGCGGGGCGGGGGCACCCUCACCUGUCCGUGUGUGGGGAUCAGCCUGGGCUCCGUGGCCUCCGCUUGCACCGGACGUGGACCCAGGCUACCGGUGGGCAAGAUAGAGGACUGAGCCCAGGCACGCACGGCUGGCCAGGUGGGAUCCCCACCCCCGCUCAGCCUUCUUUCUGCAUGGAUGCUGAAGGACCAGGCUCACUUGAAGUUCUGAGUUUGAGCAGUAAGGUGGAAACAAAGAAACCAAUGGAAACAAAGAAACAAGUCAUUGUGGCAAAGCUCCCCACCACAGAGAAGCUGCCCUGAGUGGAAGGGAGGGUGUGGGCAUGCCCAUUUGUUUCGUGUCUCCCAGUGCUCUUCGCUUUCUUAUUGCAGACCUGCAUGGUUACAACAAAAUGAUCUGCAAAACUGAAAAUAUUUACUCUCUGGCUUUUACAGAAAAGGCUGACCAGCCUCUGGUUCCCGUACCGGUCAACUGAUUGGAGUACCUUUCCAGUUUGGAAACAUCUGGGCAGGCCCAGCUGGUAAGUUUACUUUUCUACUUUGACCAAGCAAACUGAAGCCAACAGAAGAGAACUUUCACCAGCAACUCCCAGCACAUCCGCUCGCCUUCUGAUGUCUGUGACCUCACUCUCGCUGCCCCACCUCUUAUUACAGAUUGAACAGGAUCCAGGGGGAAUUACCAAGCCUGUCCCAUCGGCCAUCCUGUGUGUCAUGUCCUGUGACCCAGUGGAUGCUCAGCACCCUCCAGCUGGAGAAACAGAUUGCCUUAGGUACAUGAAAGGUGAGGACACCUACUAUCCCCAUGGAGCCCAGGUGGGGCUGGGAGUCUGCUGUUUGUACAGCCGGUGGGCUCGUGUUGCUUUGGGCAUCCCUGUGCCUGAAUUCCUGCAGUACACUCGGUGCCUGUUUCCUAAUCUGCAAAACUGGAAUGAUGUUAACCAUCCCGCAGUGCAUUCCAUGGUGCAUCCUCGCCUAGAAUUGAGUGGAAGCAAGUCCAUCUCAGAAGGGACAUACCUGAAGAGAAAUGGCUUUCCAGACUCUGAAGGGCAGAGAAAGCACCAGCCUGGGUUAGAGAAAGAGAACAGCAUCUCUGAGCCCGUCCUGGGUGACUUCACAGAGAUCACCCUAGUGGCCCAGGCUAGUGACCGGGAACAUGUACCUUCCUGCAGCCAACCCCAGACGUCCACUGAUGCAUCAUAUACUGGCAAAGAUCCUGGCCUGGGGGGGCGUUGGCCGCCGGAGAUUCGCCAGAUGUUGGACUCCAGCUUAACCACCGGAAGUGGGCAGGAUGUGCUGAGGGGGCGGAGGCAGCCGCCAAGGCAGCGACGGAGGGGGCUGUCCCUGGCCAGCCGGUCAAUUUGUUCCCAUCUCAACAUUUGCUGUCCCAGUUUCGCAGGACGCCCUUCUCCAGUUUAUCCUUCUCCUGGGAGGUGACAUUUUAGGUUAUUGGGUCCCAGAUUGCUGGCACACUCAUCCCUGUUCUCAAACAUCUUUUAAACUUGGGUGAAGUGAUAAGUUGGGGAAGAAGAUGAUUUACUGAAAGUCUCCCGAGAAGAGAUUCAGACUGAACAGCUUUGUGUCGGACUUUGGAAGACCGCUGGUGCCCAAGGGGUUCUCUGGCAGCACAAUGACGAAUCUAGGUCCCUCUUUCACUGCUACGUCAAUGAAGUGGACCGCUUGGACAAGGCCAAAGCUGGUAUCCCAACCAUAGCCCUUGACAGUGAUGUUCGGCUCCAGGAAGCCAUCAGAUGCAGCAGGUGGCCAGAGGAGGAGCCGAACGGGCUCAUGAAAUGUGACACCCCCAGCUUCAUCAACACGGACCAGAACUCUUCCUUUGGGGAAGAUGAUCUCCUGAUUUUGGAACCACCUAUUGUUCUAGAAAAUAAGCCAGUUGCCCAGACCUCACACAAAGACUUGAAUUGGAAAUGUGCUUUGUCAAGUGUUUCUCUGAAGAUGUGAAGUCUGUCUUUGUAUGGCAGGAAGUCCCCUUUCACAAAAUUGUAUGUGUUCGUGUCUGAGAGAGAGAAAUGGAGACAGACAGAAAGACGGAGACAGAAGAGAGCCCCCUCAGAAGAGAGCUAGUUAAGGAGGAGGAUCAAUCCAUGCUGCAUUUUAUGACAAUCCUGUCCCCAGGAAUGCACGGAAGUUUAUCAGCUGAGUGAGGGGAAGUGCCUCUGUGUCUCUGUGUCCCUGUAUCUCUGUCUGCUCACAGUGCCCUGCCACCGGCUACUGAACAAGAAAAGUGCUAUACACCAUGCUGUGUCUUUUGCAGAUGUGUAGGUGAUGGUCUUGUGGCUCAUGUGUGGGCUUUGUGCUGGGAUGGUGAAGGGCUUAUAAAUACCUCAUCAACAUGUAUUCGAGGUGACCUGGUGCCACACAGACUUGAUUCAUGAAGGCAUCAAGCCUGCACACUGGUUUGGAAACAACUUGGUUUUGAUCAGUCACACUGCAUGCAUGACUCACUGCUGAUCUCUGGGUGGUUUUUUCAUUUUAGAUUUAUUCACCCAGUGUCUUGCUUAAGCUGAAAAAUACAUUUAUUUCACUAGAAUAUUCUCAGAUUCUUUGUUUUCACACAUCCAGUUGUUUAAUUCCUUUAAAAAUCAUUUUGUGUUUAUAAUGCCUCCUAAUAUCUAUCAUCUCUAGGUUCCCAGUGGCCUGAGCCAUGCACCAGAUUUGAUGUAGGAACUGUUCCACCAAAAGAAAUCCCUUUGCCAUAAUAUCUUUUGAGGAAAAUAUUAUUCUUUAAGGCUCUAACAGUAAAUCGUAGAACAAAGCAUGGAACAUUUAUUGUAGUUAAUACAUGUUCAUGCAAAAAGAAAUGAUAUUUUCAUUAAACAAUGUUGAUUUUAAUAACUUUUACUAAUGUGAAUAUUAUUACUCAUAAUUUAAGUAACCAAAUAAAACCACAGUUAUUUAUUA